AUGUCAACGACGAAGGGCAAGGUCACGGGGAGGGGGGAAACGUCCAAAUUCCAGGAGUUCAAGAAACUCAUCCACGCUGCUACUCGCCCCCUCCCGACAGAGACCGGCGAUGGUAGCUACAUCGAAGACGAAUCGAGCGGUGGCUUGUGGGCCGACUUCCGGGCCCUGGGUAUGAAGGAUGCUAGCACGCUGGUCUCGAUGCUCGAGAAUAAAUUGUCGGGGGCUUUUGUGGACGAUAAGACGAUGAUGAUGGAGCAUAUUAUCCAGCUGGUCAGCCGAUUGCCCGACGACUCGAAGAUGCGGUUCAGAUUGACCAAUUUGUUUCUGAACGAGCUCUGGGAAACACUCCCCCAUCCUCCAUCGACUUAUGUCGGAGAGAAAUACGCAUACCGGGCUGCGGACGGCUCCCAUAAUAACCCUUCGAUGCCAGCUCUGGGGGCGGCCAAGACGGAGUAUGCCCGAACAGUCCGUCCUACGACCACCAGGCCACCGAAUCUCCCAGACCCUGGCUUGAUCUUUGAUAGCUUGUUCGCUCGAGAGCAAUUCAAGCCCCAUCCGAAUAAAGUUUCCAGCAUAUUUUUCACUUGGGCCUCGCUAGUAAUUCAUGAUAUCUUCCAGACCGACCGCAAGGAUGAGAACAUCAACAAUACUUCGUCUUAUCUGGACCUCUCCAUUCUAUACGGAGACUCCCAAAAGGACCAGAACACGAUCAGAACCUUUAAGGAUGGCAAGUUGAAGCCGGAUUGUUUCUGCGAGUUCAGACUGCAGGCGCUGCCAGCAGCUUGCGGUGUCCUCCUGGUCAUGUUGAAUCGAUAUCACAACUAUGUGGUCGAGCAAUUGGCCCUGAUCAACGAGAACGGUCGAUUCACGAAGCCCAAGGACGAACUACUCUCACCCGACGAGGCCAACAAAGCGUGGACCAAGUACGACAACGAUCUCUUUCAAACGGGCCGGCUCAUCACAUGCGGCCUGUACAUCAACAUAACGCUCUACGACUACCUGCGCACGAUCGUCAACCUCAACCGCACAAACAGCACCUGGUGCCUGGACCCCCGCGUGAAAAUGGGCGAACACGAAAAGACGCCGUCCGGAAUGGGCAACCAAUGCUCGGCGGAGUUCAACCUGGCCUACCGCUGGCACAGCACCAUCAGCCAGCAGGACGAGGAAUGGACUGAUAUGACGUAUGAGAAGUUGGUGGGCAAGCCCGGCGAAGAUGCCUCGGUUCAAGACCUUUUCACGGCGCUGGGUGAGUACGGAAGGAAUCUGAACCCAGAUCCCUCCAAGCGGACCUUCGCCCAGAUGGAGCGUCAGAGCGACGGUAAAUUCCCAGACGAGGAAUUGGUUAACAUCCUGACCGAAGCUACCGAGAGCGUAGCCGGGUCUUUCGGCGCACGCAAUGUUCCCAAGGUACUGCGCGCUGUCGAGAUCCUCGGAAUUGAACAGGCGCGCCGGUGGAAUGUCGGGUCUCUCAACGAGUUCCGCAAGUUCUUUGACCUGAAGCCCUACAAGAGCUUUGAGGAAAUUAACUCAGACCCGGAGGUUGCAAACCGGCUUCGACACUUGUAUGAGAAGCCGGAUUAUGUGGAACUGUAUCCGGGUAUUGUGGCCGAAGAAGCGAAGGAUCCUAUGAUCCCCGGGGUGGGAAUUGCCCCAGGUUAUACUGUUUCGCGCGCUGUCUUAUCUGACGCGGUUGCUCUGGUCCGAGGUGAUCGAUUUUAUACUCUGGACUAUAACGCCAGGAACCUCACCAACUGGGGCUUCACCGAGUCGCACUACAACCUGGAGACCAACCAAGGAUGUGUCUUUUACAAACUGGCUCUCCGCGCAUUCCCCAACUGGUUCAAGUCCGACUCCAUCUAUGCUCACUAUCCCAUGACGAUCCCGUCGGAGAACAAACUGAUCAUGCAGGGCCUGGGAAGAGAAAAGGAAUAUUCCUGGGAUCGACCAUCCUUCACCCCCCCGAGGACCAAUGUCUUUGCGUACCCGAAUGUUAGGGAGAUUCUGAACGAUCGGGACACUUUCCACGUCACCUGGGGCGAGGCAAUUGAGUACGUGUUUGGCGAAGGGGGCUAUUACUUUAUGCUGUCGGGAGAUUCACGGUUCCAUUCUACCCAGCGCCAGUCCAUGGGGAAAUCCCUCUAUAUUGGUCAGUGGCAUCAGCAUGUCAAAGACUUUUAUAUAGCCGAGACUGAGCGGCUUCUUCGCGAGAAGUCAUGCUCGCUGGGCAAGGUCAAUCAGGUUGACAUCACUCGCGAUGUCGGUAACCUGGCCCAUGUGCACUUCGCCUCGAACGUCUUCUCGCUUCCGCUGAAGACAGAGCAAAGUCCGCACGGGAUCUAUACCGAACAUGAAAUGUAUAUGAUCAUGGCUGCCAUUUUCACAGCGAUCUUCUUUGACGUCGAUCCGGCCAAGUCGUUCCCUCUGCGCCACAAAGCCAGGGAUCUGGCCCAGGGUCUGGGUAAAAUAGUCGAGACCAGCGUGAAAAGCACUCAGAGCUCCCGACUGUUGUCCUCGUUCUUGGGGAACUUCCACACCAGUGAUCAUCCCUUGAAAGACUAUGGAGCACAUAUGAUCGCACGGCUACUGGAAACAGGACAGGAUGCGUCGGAAAUCACCUGGUCACAGAUUCUGCCCACCGCAGUCGCCAUGGUGCCCAACCAGGCACAAGUGUUCACGCAGAUCAUAGACUAUUAUCUUUCCGACAAAGGGAAGGAGCAUCUCCCUGCCAUCCACCGCAUUGCCAAGGAAGACACCCCUGCCUCGGACGACAAGCUCCUGCGCUACUGCAUGGAAGCCAUCCGACUGCAUGGGAUCUUCGGAUCGUACCGGGAAGCCCAGGCGCCCGUCACGAUGGAAGACAACGGUCACCACUUGAGCAUCAAGCCUGGUGAUAAGGUUUUUGUCAGCUUUGUGGAUGCAAACAAGGAUCCCGUCGCUUUCCCAGACCCCGAAACCGUCCGUCUCGACCGCCCCAUGGAGUCUUACAUCCAUUAUGGCGUGGGCCCGCACACCUGCCUGGGAAAAGAAGCUAGCAAGGUCGCAUUGACGGCUAUGCUUCGCGUUGUUGGUCGUCUAGACAAUCUGCGCCCCGCCCCUGGCCCCCAGGGCCAGUUGAAGAAGAUCCCCCGGCCGAAUAACUUCUACAGUUAUAUGACGGAGGAUGAGACGAGCUUCUUUGCCUUCCCGAUGUCUUUCAAGGUUCAUUUUGAUGGGCCUGUCCCGCAGUCGACUGUUCGUGCCGGUUCUGUUUGAGCCUUGAUUGACGGUUCUGUCGGUAUGCUGGAACCCCAUGGAGGAACCUCAUAGUAUAUAUAAUCUUAAUUACGCUUAUACUGGAC